UCCCGUUACAAGGAAUGUUAGUGAAGAGAGGAACAUACGCAAAAACGACGACAAAAAACUUAACGGGCACUGCGGACAUGAACAGCGAAAACAAGGGGAAAGAAACUUACAAACACUCGGACUGCGAACAAACACGUGCGACAAAAAGCAAAGGUGCGAACAACAGGGAAAAAGAAAAAGAACACAUGGACAGUGUGUGCUAUACAAAAAGGCACAGGGGAGAUUAUUGCGUUCUGGUGGACACCUCAAAAUCCAACACGAUAAACAACGAAAAAAUGCGCAAUGGCCUAUUCCUUUGGGAUAUUAUAAGACAUUUUAAUAUUGAGGGGAUUAAAAACAUAAAAGCCAUAGGUAGAUCACUCUACAAAAUUUUUUUUGAAAAUUUUGAAGCUGCAAACAAGUGCGUUAGCAAUCCCGACUUAAUUAAAAAUCAAAUGAGACCCUUUAUACCAAGAAGCUUGGUAGAAACAACUGGUGUUGCUAGACAAAUACCUCUUAACUUCACUGAGGAAGAAAUAAAAGAAAAUAUCAUUUCAGAUAUUCCUGUGACAGCUAUCUCAAGAAUUACCAGAAGAGAUCCCAAUGACAAAGAGAAGUUCAUUCCAACUCUCUCUGUGAAAAUAAGUUUUGAAGGCAACGAACUACCAGAAACCAUAGACAUUUUUUGCGUAAAAAUCAAAAUGGUUCACUACAUUCCUAGAGUUAGGCAUUGUUACAACUGCGGCAGACUAGGGCACACAAAAAUGGCCUGCAGAGCAGCCAACAGAUGCAUUAUCUGUGGCAAGGCAGAGGGCUGUAGUAGUAAAUGCAAUGAAACCACAAAUUCGUGCAUACUAUGCGGAGGGGAUAAUCACAAUUCACUCGAGAGCAGGAAAUGUUCAAAAUGGGCCAGAGAAAAACAGGUGGUCGAAAUUAUGACAAUAAAAAAAGUAUCUAAGUCUGAGGCGAUUGGGAUGUACAAUUUAAACAAUAAUAACCGUUUCUCAGCUCUAGAAAACUAUGAGGGAAAUUUUCCACAGUUAGAAGCAAAAAGUACAGCAAGGAUCAACAAUGAUGAAACACUACACCUAACCAUUCCAAAAUCUUGCCGAAAGCUACAACCAAAACACAACCCGUCUAUGAAAUGCCGAAUUGGUCCAAGGUCACAGAGAUUGAAAAGCUUGUAAAUCUCCUUAUAAAAAGGUACGACA